CAUUACUGUAUACUCAAUGAAAAUAGACAUGUGUUUGGUUAAAUUAAGUUUAUAAAUAGAGCAUUAGCAAUUCUAAUUCUAAUGUGGAAUUAGUACAUCAGAGAGGAAACCGACGAGGAUAUGUAGGAAGCAAAGUGGGUGUCGUGUGUUUGAACAAGCUUAAAGUGCUGGAAAUUAUCGGAAUCAUUGGCUUAUCAAAAAACGCAAUUUUAUUUUUUAUACAGGAAGCUCCUGUGACUCAAAAUUACAAAUUAGCAAAAAAUGUUUGUUAUCAAAAACACAGUUUUUUUACUCGCUUUUAUCGCGUGCUAUUUUGUAAAUAGUUCCGGUGGUGAAGAUGAAGAUUUUUACAAAUUGUUGGGGGUGCCUAGGGACGCCACAGUUAAGGAGAUUAGGAAGGCUUUCAAAGUGCUAGCUGUGAAAUUGCAUCCAGAUAAAAAUCAGGAUGAUAAAGAGGCUGAUCAAAAAUUUAUUAAAAUUGCUAGGGCUUAUGAGAUUCUAAAAGACCCAGACACUCGAAAGCAUUACGAUUUGCAUGGGGACACAGAGUCCUCACAAAAAAAACAACAGUAUCAUAGUUAUACGUAUUACAGGGACCAGUUCGGCAUUUAUGAUGAUGACCCCCUCAUUGUUACCUUAAGCAGGGCCGAUUAUGAAUUGAACAUUUUGGACGCGAGUCAGGCUUGGUUCAUAAAUUUCUACUCUCCUAACUGUCACCACUGCCACGAGUUGGCCCCAACUUGGCGCAAACUGUCUUCCGAAUUAGAGGGGGUGAUCAGAAUUGGCGCUGUUAACUGUGAAGAUGAUUGGUCCUUGUGUUACCAACUCAGUAUUGAAUCUUACCCUACUUUACUCUAUUACGAGAAAGAGGCCCACCUUCACGAGGGCCAGCGUUACCGCGGCCCUCGAACUCUAGACGCUUUGAAAGAGUACGUUUUGUCGAAAAUAACUGUUAGUGUAAAAAAUGUAGAUAAGGAAAAUUGGGAGCGAGACUUAAGGAAGCAACAAUGGUUGCUGUUUUUGUGUGCUGGGGAUAAUCCUAAUUGUCCUGAACACGAGACUAGACUCAAACUGGCGGCCAUUUUAGACGGGUUAAUGUCAGUGGGAGUUGUAAAAGAUCUGGAAUUGUGUGAUAAAAUUUCGAAUACUCAUAAAAGCAACCCUAUUGUAUUAUGGCAAGUGGAUAAGGAGAAGAAUAGUGAUUCUGAAAGUUUUGCAAUUUUGCAUAAUGUGCAAGGAUCUGAUAGUAAAGAGAUUCUCGAGAAUAUUUUAGGUAUUUUACCGAACCCCGAGUCGCUAAAUGAGCAACAAUUUAAGGAAAUUAGGGCGAAACUACGCAACGGUGACGAAAACCCGUGGCUGUUGUGUUUCUACCUCGGCACAGCCACGGAUUUAAACCUCCAACUCAAACGUCUUCCUUCCAUGAUCCCUUCCAUAAACAUAGGUUUGAUCCACUGUGGCAAAAACUCGGCUUUAUGCUCAAGCCUCCACAUCUCGCGUUACCCCAACUGGGGCAUUUUGAAAGUGGGGGGCGCCUUCGAGCUGCACCACGGCCGCGACGUCCUCCACGAACUCUCCGCCUUUGCCCGCGACAGCAGCAAGGCCCAAAACCUGCACGCCUUAUCCCCUGCCGAUUUUUCCAACAUUCUAAACGGCCACAGUGCCUGGUUUGUGGACUGGUACGCCCCCUGGUGCCCCCCCUGCCGGCGCCUCAUGCCCGAGCUGCGGAGGGCGAGCCACCACUUCGCCCCCGAAGUCGUCCAAUUCGGGACUGUUGACUGCACGUUACACAGGAAUUUGUGCUCGCAGAACGGGAUCUCCUCCUAUCCCACCACAAUCCUGUACAACGGCAGCCGGACGCAGGUGUUCCACGGGACGCCCUCCGAGGACGGGAUCGUCGAGUUUAUCUCAGACAUGAUCGCGCCAACUGUUAUAACCCUGGAUGACUCGUCUUUUGUCCGGCUGAUGCGCAAGCCGGAGGAUGAGCUCUGGGUGGUUGAUUUUUUCGCCCCGUGGUGCGGCCCCUGCCAGAAGCUGGCCCCCCAGUGGCGCAAGCUCGCCAAACAACUGGCCGAGUUUCCGCAAAUUAGGGUGGCUCAAGUGGAUUGUGUCGCAAAUUCGGAUUUGUGUAGCGCGCAAAAUGUGCGGGGUUAUCCGACGAUUCGGGUUUAUCCCUUGGGAAGCAAGGGCAUGAAUACCGUUGGGAUGUACAACGGCAAUCGCGACGUCGUCUCGCUGAAACGCUGGGUUUUGAACUUGCUGCCGUCGCCCGUCGUCGCAAUGGACGCUGAAGCGUUCAAAGAGCAAAUCCUAACGAGGAAAUUCAUGACGCCGUGGCUUGUCGAGUUUUAUGCGCCUUGGUGCGGCCACUGUACACAUUUCGAGCCCGAAUUUCGCAAAGUUGCAAACAAAUUAGAAGGGGUUAUAAGAAGUGCCAAAGUCGACUGCGAGGCCGAACGAAUGUUUUGCGGCAAUUUACGUGUCAAUAGUUAUCCUUCACUAUUUUUGUACUUAUCACCGACCGAAAAAAUCGAAAUUGACACGCUAAACGUCCCCGAAAUUAUUAGCCAAGUCAGGAAUUUGGUCACAAACAGGCAUUUGCAGCAUGACGAACUUUAAACGGAGUGUCAAUGUCGAAAAUUAUGCAACACUGAGGCCAUUUACUUUUUAUUUGCGACUUUCUAAAGUAAAAUAACUGUUUUGCUAGCCUGUAAUUGAGAACGAAUUUCGCAAUUUUAACAAGAUUUUGUUAUACAGGGCGUUUAAAAUUUGCAAAUUUGUGGUUUUAAACACUCUGUAUAACAGCCGGUUUCUGGCCCAAAAAGCCAGAUCUGAACUUCGUAGUUCCAAAGCUUUAACCAAAUCUCUGAUACUUAUUUAACGUACAGGGUGCGCAAUUUAACGUAAAAUAGGAACAUAGUUGGCUAUGACAUUUUCGAAAAGCUUAUUUUUCUGAACUUGUUUAUAAGUCAAAUACAAAAGACGAUAGCGAGAUGUGGUUUUGACCGAAAUUAUUGUUUCAAAAAAACGGACUCGAGAAUGUGUCACUUGUUUUUUUUAACCUCUUAGUUUCGGAGAAAAAUGCCCACCCUGUACAGUGUGUGACACAGUGUAUUGUUUUGUGAAAGAGCUAAUUAGGCGUUGUACGUGCUACUCAGAAAAGUGUGAUACAGUUUAAUAUUUUUGUACAUUUGGUUUCUAUACAUGAAAUAAAAAUUGAUUUCCUAAUCAA